CAUGUGAUGUUAUCACUUUCCAUAUCUUUUGGAAACUCCAAUAUUGCUGCUGUAGUAAAUAAAUAAACAAACAAUUAUUAUUAGCUCAUUGUUUCUCCUUAUUUCAUUGUUUCAACUGUCCCCUAAAUUAUUUCUAUAGAUAGUAUAUAGUAAUAAAUCAUAAUGGGCAGCCAAUGCUAUUCCGCUUGUACUAUCCAAUCAUUGAACCCCACGUGUCCUUCAUCUUCCUCCUCCUCUGUUAUCUUCGCUCUUCAUAAACCCCAGAUUCACAGUAAUAUUAUUCAAAAUUAUACUAGGAGAAGAAUCAUUACUUGUAGUAGUAAUAGUAGAAGAAGAAUGGCUAGUGUUACUGAUAUGAAUGUUGUGUCUUCAUCAUCAGUAGAAGUUGGAAUACAGAAUCAACAGGAGUUGAAAAAAGGAAUUGCAGAUUUAUAUGAUGAGUCUUCUGGGAUUUGGGAAGAUAUUUGGGGUGACCAUAUGCAUCAUGGUUAUUAUGAACCUCAGUCAUCUGUAGAACUUUCUGAUCAUCGUGCUGCUCAGAUCCGUAUGAUUGAAAAGGCGCUAAGUUUUGCUGCUAUUUCUGAAGAUCCAGCGAAAAAACCAACGUCCAUAGUUGAUGUUGGAUGUGGCAUAGGAGGCAGUUCUAGGUACCUUGCAAAGAAAUAUGGCGCUACAGCUAAAGGUAUCACUUUGAGUCCUGUACAAGCAGAGAGGGCUCAAGCUCUUGCUGAUGCUCAGGGAUUAGGGGAUAAGGUUUCAUUUCAAGUAGCAGACGCCUUGAAUCAGCCUUUUCCAGAUGGGCAAUUCGACUUGGUUUGGUCCAUGGAGAGUGGAGAACACAUGCCAAACAAAGAAAAGUUUGUUGGCGAAUUAGCUCGAGUGGCUGCACCAGGAGGCACAAUCAUCCUUGUCACAUGGUGCCACAGGGACCUUUCCCCUUCAGAGGAAUCUCUGACUCCAGAGGAAAAAGAGCUGCUAAAUAAGAUAUGUAAAGCCUUCUAUCUUCCGGCAUGGUGUUCCACUGCUGAUUAUGUGAGGUUACUUCAAUCCAACUCUCUUCAGGAUAUCAAGGCAGAAGAUUGGUCUGAGAAUGUUGCUCCAUUUUGGCCAGCAGUCAUAAAAUCAGCACUGACAUGGAAGGGCUUCACAUCAGUACUACGCAGUGGAUGGAAGACAAUCAAAGCUGCACUGGCAAUGCCACUAAUGAUUGAAGGAUACAAGAAAGGUCUCAUCAAAUUUGCCAUCAUCACAUGUCGAAAACCUGAAUAGUUCUUCGCUUUGCUACUGGUUAAUAAACAUCUAUGGAUCUUGGAAGAAAAAUAAACUAUCUAUAAUGUACAGAAAAUGCAACAUUGAAUGAACUCUGGAUUGCAAGCUGAAGAAAUUGCCACAUUUGCUACAAUAGCUUUAAUAAUCCAUUUAACAUGUUGUAUUGUGAAAUUGCCACAUUGUACUGUACCAAUCAUCAAAAGAGUAUCAAGGUAUCUAGUUCUAAGAAGAAUUGCUCAGCUUA